UGCGCGCGUGAGGCGGAGCGGGGCUCGCCCCUCGCCGGCGCCCGCCGCCCCGCGGGCGAUCGCUCUCCGGCCGUCUCCGGGACCCCCGGACCCGCACGGCCUUUGGUCCGGGCGGGGGAGGGAGAAAGUGAGACUCGGUGUCAUCAGCAUCCAUUGUCAGGAGGGGAAGAAACUGGAAUCCAGCAGCGGCGAGCAGCAGCUGGGCGGUCACAUCUGGGAAUGCAAAGCCGACCUACCCCUCCUCCUCCUCCUCCUCCACCACCUCCUCCUCUCUCACCCAGGAUCACUUCCGAAACCACUUCGCCUUCAGCCCCUGCCUCGGCCAGAGGGAUUUAUUUAAUGGGGAUGUGUUCAAGGCAAGAGCGAAUUCAGAAGGAUAUCGACGUCGUGAUCCAGAAGUCCAGAGCUGAGAAGGACUGCCUGUUUGCAGAUUUCAGAUACUCAGACUCCACCUUUACUUUCACCUACGUUGGCGGCCCCAAAAGUGUGUCCUAUUCAGUACAUGUAUCUGAAGAUUACCCAGAUAAUACAUAUGUGUCAAGUUCAGAAAAUGAUGAAGAUGUAUUAGUUACUACAGAGCCAAUUCCAGUAAUUUUUCAUCGAAUAGCAACAGAAUUAAGAAAGACAAAUGACAUUAACUGUUGCUUAUCCAUAAAAUCCAAAUUACAGAAGGAAAAUGGGGAGGAGUCAAGACAAAAUAGUACGGUGGAAGAAGACUCUGAAGGAGAUAAUGAUUCUGAAGAAUUUUAUUAUGGAGGACAGGUGAACUAUGACGGGGAGCUGCACAAGCACCCCCAACUCGAAGCUGAUUUGUCGGCAGUGAGAGAGAUAUAUGGGCCACACGCAGUUUCUCUCAGGGAAUAUGGAGCCAUUGAUGAUGUAGAUAUUGAUCUGCAUAUUGAUGUUAGCUUUCUUGAUGAGGAGAUUGCUGUGGCAUGGGAAGUGAUUCGAACAGAACCUAUAAUUGUCCGACUACACUGUUCACUUACACAGUAUUUAAAUGGCCCAGUGCCCACUGUUGAUGUCUUUCAGAUUUCCACAAAAGAGAGAUUUGGACUGGGACAUCAGCUGAAAAAAAUCAUGCAGACAUUUGUUACACAGCAGUGGAAACAGAGCAAAGAAAAAUCCAGUUGCCUGCACAAUAAGAAGCUGUCAGAGAAGAAAGUGAAGUCUCCCCUGCAUCUAUUUUCUACCUUGCGCAGGUCGCCAAGUUAUCCCCCCCCUGGUUGUGGAAAAAGCAAAUCCAAACUGAAAUCGGAGCAAGACGGGAUCUCCAAGACGCAUAAGCUGCUGCGGAGGACUUGCUCCAGCACAGUCAAGACGGAGGACGUGUGCGCCCCGAAACCACACAGGACCUUCGGUCGCUCGCUGUCCAGCGACCCCCGGGCUGAGCAGGCGGUGACGACCAUUAAGUCGCACAAACUCUUGAACCGUCCCUGCCCUGCAGCCGUCAAGCAGGAGGACUGCCUCGCUCUCAAGUCGCACAAACUCUUGACUCGCUCUUGUUCUGGAGACCCGCGCUGUGAGCACAACGCCAGCCUGAAGCCUCACAAACUGUUAAGCAGGUCUUAUUCCAGUAACCUCAGAAUGGAAGAAUUAUAUGGACUCAAGAAUCACAAGUUGCUCAGCAAGUCUUACUCCAGCGCCCCCAAGUCAUCCAAAACGGAGCUUUUCAAGGAACCCAACGCAGAGGGCCGGAGGCUCUCUCUUACCUCAGGGCUCAUUGGUAUCUUAACACCAUCAUCAUCUUCAUCUUCCCAGCCUGCUCCAAAUGGUGCCAAAUGUAUUCCAAUACGAGACCGUGGCUUCCUAGUGCAGACAAUUGAGUUUGCUGAACAGCGGAUCCCUGUGUUGAAUGAAUACUGUGUGGUUUGUGACGAGCCACAUGUGUUUCAAAAUGGCCCCAUGCUUAGGCCUACUGUGUGUGAACGAGAGCUGUGUGUAUUUGCUUUUCAAACCCUGGGAGUAAUGAAUGAAGCUGCUGAUGAAAUAGCAACUGGAGCUCAGGUGGUAGAUCUACUAGUAUCCAUGUGUAGGUCUGCAUUGGAAUCUCCUAGAAAAGUUGUCAUUUUCGAGCCAUAUCCUUCUGUGGUAGAUCCUAACGAUCCUCAGAUGCUGGCCUUCAACCCAAGGAAGAAGAACUAUGAUCGAGUAAUGAAAGCAUUGGACAGCAUAACUUCUAUUAGAGAAAUGACACAAGCACCGUAUCUGGAAAUCAAGAAGCAGAUGGAUAAACAAGACCCCCUUGCUCAUCCCUUACUGCAAUGGGUUAUUUCAAGUAAUAGGUCACAUAUUGUGAAACUGCCAGUUAACAGGCAACUGAAGUUCAUGCACACUCCCCAUCAAUUCCUUCUUCUCAGCAGUCCACCAGCCAAAGAAUCCAAUUUUAGAGCUGCUAAAAAACUCUUCGGAAGCACCUUUGCAUUUCAUGGCUCGCACAUUGAAAACUGGCACUCCAUCCUGAGAAAUGGUCUGGUUGUUGCUUCUAAUACACGACUGCAGCUCCACGGUGCAAUGUAUGGAAGUGGAAUCUAUCUUAGUCCAAUGUCAAGCAUAUCAUUUGGUUACUCAGGGAUGAACAAGAAGCAGAAGGUGUCAGCCAAGGAUGAGGCAGCUUCAAGCAGUAAAAACAGCAACGCAUCACAGUCACAGAAAAAAGGACAGCAAUCCCAGUUCCUGCAAAGCCGUAACUUAAAAUGCAUAGCCUUAUGUGAAGUGAUCACCUCACCUGACCUGCACAAACAUGGAGAGAUAUGGGUCGUCCCAAAUACUGAUCAUGUCUGCACACGAUUCUUUUUUGUCUACGAAGAUGGCCAAGUGGGAGACACAAAUAUUAACACACAAGAAGGAGGCAUUCACAAAGAGAUCCUUCGAGUAAUUGGUAAUCAAACUGCUACUGGUUAAAGGACCACCAUUUAAUUAACAUGAUUUGAAAGCCUUCCUCGGGUUCAAAGCUGGAUUUUGAACUGAAGAAGAUGAUAAAAUAAUUUAUUGUUAUUAUAAACAAAAUUAACCCUUUGAAUACUGAUUUUUUUCUUAGUAUUUCUAAGUUUCUCAUUAAAUACCUAAAAUGGUAUAAAAUUUAUCAAUUGUAGGGUUAUGGAAUCUAGUAAUAAAAUUACAACAGCACUUAA